AGGCUUCUUGGGAGCUUUGUCUCACAAAGUCCUUGAUGUAAAGAUUUCUUAAUGUUGGACGAAUUAAAAGUCAGUGUCAGACGAAUCACAAGCACAACAUCGAAUGCAUGCUAGUCGCACAGCAGUUGCGAACGGUCCAGAAGAGUUUGUGACCGUGUGAUUGAAUCGGCUGUACGACGUUGUGCCCCUCCUACACGAAAAAUUACAGUAUUUUGACAAGCAGAGAAAAGUCGCAUUGCGGUUGAUCUUAAUAGAUUUCACUAGCUCAUCAGUCCCCCCGUUUUUACUUUUGAAGAUUUUCAUCGUAAGCCGCAUUACUGAAAACACCAAAAGAUGGCGGCGGUCGCAAGCACCGCCUCGGGCGGCGGGUUGAAAGUUUUCACCGCCGACGAGGUGGCCAAGCAUAAUACCUUUGGGGAUCUGUGGUUGAUCGUUGACAACAAGGUCUACGACGUGUCCAAAUUUGCCAACGUCCACCCCGGUGGCAAGCAUAUCCUGCUCGACGUUCCGAACAACGAUGCCACGGAAUAUUUCUACGCGUUCCACGCAACGGACGUAUUUUUCGACAAAAUGUCUUUCAUGAUGCAUAUUAAGUUUCCCCCGAUCAUCUUCUUCAAAACGCCGAGGAUUUUUUUUUUGGCUGGUAUCGGUAUGAUCAGUGCUCCAGGUCUGCCCCGUCAUUAUGGUUUUUUCUUUUUUGAGCUGGUCUUUUUCCACCCAAUUUCUCGUUUUCAUUUUUCAUAUGAUGAAAAUGCAGGUGCUUGACAAGUACCACAAAAAGUUGUGUAUCGGCACUGUGGAGGGCAAGACCGAGCAAAUCUAUGAGCCGAAGCAGAAGGCCAAGGGCGGCAAGAAGCUGGAUGUGGCCACCGCCCCGGCGGAGCAGCUGCUGAAGGAGCAUCCGCUGCUGUGCCGCACACCCUUUGGCGAACCGGCAAGUAUGAAGCGGUUCUACGCGAGCCCCUACCAUAACGAGACGCACCUGCGAUUUCGCCUCGGGUGCCGCGAGUUUUUCCACGAAAUGCUACCGGAAGCGGAGGAGCUGGAAGAGAGUCAGGACUACAUUCCCAACGAAAUCUGGGAGGAGUUCGGAAAAACGGGCAUGUUUGCUUGCUCCAUCGGCGUCACCGCCAUGCCGGCCGUGAAAAAACUGGGGUUGCCGCUCCCGGGAGGCAUCAAGCCAGAGGAAUUCGACUUCUUCCAUGAGCAGAUCCUCCAUGAAGAAGCGGCAAGGAUACUGCCACCGAGGUAAGCAGUCAGGUUUGAUACGUAUAUAGUACAAAACAAUACGAAUAUUACUCUGGUGGGUCAACCUCUUAUGCCCACGCCUCAACUUGAUGACCCAGGAUUUCUGCGAGUUGUGAUGCUGUUCUCAGAAAUAAACCAACGAAGCAAAUUGUGAUGAGCUAAAAACGUAGUUCAAUUUCAAUCAAAAAUUUCAAAAUCCGAUACAGCUUUCUGGAUGGUAUUUUUGCGGGUUUCAACAUUGGUCUCCCCCCGAUCAUGAACUUCUAUCACGGUCCCGACAAAAUGGAGAUGAUUGCCAACAUCCUGCUCGGCAAGAAAAAGGUUGCCCUCGCGAUCACUGGUCCGGAGGCGGGUUCGGACGUGGCCAAUCACCAGUGUAUUGCGAAGUUUUCGGAAGACAAGAAGACCUUCACGGUGCGGGGCUUGAAGAAGUGGAUCACCGGUGGCUGCCAGGCCGACUACUUUGUCACCGCGGUGCGUACGGGCAAGCCUGGCCUCAAAGGAAUCAGCAUGCUGUUGAUCAAACGCGAGGACGGAAACGUGCUGACUAAGCAACUGUCAACCUCCUACGGGAAAACCGCAGCCACCGCACUGGUUCAGUUUGAGGACGCCAAGGUUCCGGUCGAGGGCCGUCUCAUGGGCGUGAAGAAGGGAGACGAACUGAACAAGGGCUUCCAGUGCAUCAUGCUCAACUUCAACCACGAGCGGUGGAUGAUUUGGUAAGUAUUCACUUCCACUCAGACUGUUUUUUUCUGACAAUAAGUCAAUCUUGACAUGAACAGUAAAGUAAAGGAUCAUGUUGAAAUGUACUACGACGCUCAAGCAUGAAAUUUUUCUCGAUUACAUUCGAAAAGACCGAUCGAGCAAUGAUCUUCCACAGCGCCAAUGCUCUGGGCAUGCAACGCGUCGUAGUUUCGGAUUGCCUCCAGUGGUUGACUAUCAAAUGUAAAAAUGUCUGGGUCUGGAAGAUUGCCAGGUUUGUCAUGCAUGUUUUGCAUGACCCCUGACGUCUGUGAUGCAUGCCCUAGCAUCACAGAUUUUGUGAGGGCUACCUGAUGCCUAUACCGCAUGACAAAUGCUCUUUCAGUGCAGCAAAACUUGGACUCUCUUUCUUGCUGCUCAUGCAAUACAGAUUUUUUUACAAUCCAAAGCCAGCAUGACAAACAUGCAUUCUUCCAGACCCAGACAUUUUUACAUUUGAUAUUGACCCAGCGGAAGGCCUUCGGUCGACCGCUGUCGGACCAGCCGGUGCUGCGGUUCAAGUUUGGCCAGAUGGUGGCUAUCCUGAGUAAAAACGUACCCACACCAGAGUUGUAAUGCAGAUUCGCAAAGACAUGAAGACUUGUAAUGCGCAUCCCCAUGAGAGCCAUUUCCAAUCGUGUUUUGGAAUUUGUGAUGCUGUGAACAGGAUGAGCAGCUGGAUUUGUGAUGCGGCUGCACUUGCUAACCUGCACUACACUGCAGAGUGCAACUUGUCAUGCGUGACUCGCAAAACUCCUAGGUUUGUGUUGCAAAAUCCUCAUCCUGACUCUGGUGUGGGUGCGUUUUUACUCAGGAUAGUGGCUGCUCUGGAGUCACUGCAGAGCUACAUGGACCACGUCACCUACCAGAUGAAGGUGUACUACGACCGGGUGAUGAGCGACCCGAAAACCUGGAAGACCCGGGAUUACCUCGCGGGCGAGAUCGGGCUGCUCAAGUACCAGACCACCCGCGUGAGCACCUUGCUCGCAGACAACGGGUGCCAGAUUUUCGGCGGCCGGGCGGUCACCCGCACGGGCAUGGGGAAGAAGAUGGAGCGCUUCAACCGCAUGUACAAAAUCUCGUCCAUCUACGGCGGCAGCGAGGAAAUCAUGGCCGACCUCGGGGUGCGACAAGCGCUGCGCGAGUGGACGCCCGAAGACAAACUGAAAGCCAAGCUGUAG